AUGGAAGAUCAACCAGUUAAUAAUUAUUCACAACCUUCUAAAUAUGUUGGUUUCGACACAAUUACUACUCAAAUUGAAAGUAGAUUAUUAAAAAGAGGUUUCCAAUUUAAUAUUAUGGUUGUUGGUAGAUCUGGUUUAGGUAAAUCAACAUUAGUUAAUACUUUAUUUUCAUCAAAAUUAACAAAUUCUCAUGGUAGAAGAUCACCAAGUGAACCUAUUGAAAAAACAACAGAAAUCAAGGUUAGCUCUCAUACAUUAACUGAAAAUAAUGUUAGAUUAAAUAUUAAUGUAAUUGAUACUCCAGGCUUUGGAGAUCAAAUUAAUAAUGAAAAAUGUUGGGAACCAUUAGUUAAAUAUGUUAAAGAACAACAUUCACAAUAUUUAAGAAAAGAAUUAACUGCUCAAAGAGAUAAAUUUUUACCAGAUACAAGAGUUCAUUGUAUAUUAUAUUUUAUUCCACCAAAUGGUCAAAAAUUAAAACAGUUGGAUGUUCAAGCAUUAAAAAAAUUAUCAGAAAUUGCUAAUGUUGUUCCAAUUAUUGCAAAAUCCGAUUCCCUUACCCUUGAUGAAAGAAAUGAUUUUAAAAAAUUAUUACAAUCAGAAUUUUUAAAAUAUCAAUUUAAUAUAUAUCCAUAUGAUUCAGAAGAUUUAUAUGAAGAAGAAAGACAAUUAAAUGAAGAUAUUAAAUCAUUAAUUCCGUUUGCUAUUGCUGGUUCAGAUCAUGAAAUUGAAAUUAAUGGUGAAUUUGUUAGAGGUAGAAAAACAAGAUGGGGUGCCAUCAAUAUUGAAGAUGUUUCACAAUGUGAAUUUGUGUUUUUAAGAGAUUUCUUAACUAGAACUCAUUUACAAGAUUUAAUUGAAACUACAGCAUUAACUCAUUAUGAAACUUUUAGAUCAAAACAAUUAAUUGCAUUAAAAGAAAAUGCUUCGAAUCCAAACAGACAAUCACAGUCUAUGAGUAAUACUAAUCAAGAUUUAAGAAAUACUCCAAUGUAUAGUGCUGGUAUACCAACUAGAUAA